AUGAGGAAGAUGUUGAUGAUAUGCGAACAGCUAAAGAUAUCGAAAAUAUGAGAAGAUCGCUUCAUAAGAAAGAAAUUAUUAAUUGCGAUAGUUGUCAACAAAAAACUAAUCAGUGGGAGUUUAAUGACUUAGAACAACAACUUUGCUCUAAUUGCCAAGAAAAAGAAAACCAGUGA